GGCUAGUCUGCGUUUCCCGUCGGUAAAGUUAACACCUCGCCCGCACAGUGCUGCGAAACGUGCGCGCAAAAAAUCGCGCAUGGCCGUGGAUAGGUCCGAACGCGUCGCCUCUUCGUACCAGGUGAUUGUCUUUUGCCCCGCGCGUCGCGGGUAACCGGGAUUCGGGGAGUUCUGGGGCGCCGGGAGCGCGAUUCGGGCACCUGCGUAAAUACCACCGCGCGAUUCUGGUUAUGUGUGUGAUUCAUCGCCGCAACAACAACAUGUGAAAGUCGGCCCAACCACGCUGGAUCCACGCUCCGGAAAGAUUUAGAAGAAACCAAGAGCUUCAUCAGAGCCAUACCACGUCCAGACCCGGAGCCUUCAGCGAACCCCAGUUGUCGACCACACCAAAGACCCACGCGUUAGGUGAUGCAUCUGCCAGUGUCCUUGACCGCCUGCAACGUUUCAGAAGAAGCGUGGCCCAAAUCCACGAUGUGCGAGCCACCCUCAGGCUACGGGACCAACCCGGACCUCUACUGGUUCGAGCACCGACUUCACGAGAUCCAGUCCGAGCACCCCGGCGACCAGCUGGUGAGGACGGGCAGCCCCUACAUCCUCUGCACCCAGUUGCCCAACCAUUGGCGCUCCAACAAGACUCUGCCGGUGGCCUUCAAAGUGGUGGUGGUGGGGGACGUCGCGGACGGGACCCCAGUGACAGUUCGGGCCGGUAAUGACGAGAACUAUUGUGCCGAAUUGAGGAACUGCACCGCCGUGAUGAAGCAACAGGUGGCCAAGUUCAACGAUCUGAGGUUCGUGGGGAGGAGUGGAAGGGGAAAAUCGUUUUCGAUAACGAUAACAGUCAAUACGUCGCCUCCUCAAGUAGCAACCUACAACAAAGCGAUCAAAGUGACGGUAGACGGCCCCAGGGAACCCAGAUCUAAAACCAUAGGUGGACAGCACACUUCGUAUAAAGCAAUAGGGAUCCAACGUCCUUUUAUGGACAGCACGUUCUCCUCUCACUUGGAGGCCAUUAGGAGCAGGAGUGUGAGGUCCUCUCAGAGCACUGACGGUUCGAUCAGUUCCUAUAAACACGAAUCCCCAGAUGGCAACCCGAACGGGUCCUCAGCGCAUUGCCCGUCGAGUUCGUGGCCGGACUACGCGAAUCCAUACACCCCGUAUAGUCCGCAGCCCAACUAUUACGAGCCCCAUCAGGAUUCAGCGCACGCCGCUUCCAUACCUCUGCCCACAGUUCUUCCAGACGCCGGCUCCAGCGAGUUCAUCUCCAGCUCCCUCACGUCGCCGCCCCCCGCGCCCAUGUUCAACAGCGCCAAGGCCGAUCUGGAGUCGAUGAUAGCCCCCCGCUACCCCGACAACAACUACUGCCCCAACAACUGGGGCACCAACGCCUACCCCAACAACAACUACUACAACCCCCCCUACAACCAGCAGCAGUACUUGAACCACCCGGCCAUCAUAUACCCCCAGGUCUACUCCACGGUGAACCAGAACCAGAUCCACUUCCACCUGCACGCGAACGCCGGCGAGAAGAGCGACCAGUACCUCCAGAACAGCGUCAGCCUGACGUCGCCGCAGAGGGUGGAGGCGGUGCAGACCGCCACCAGCGAGGUGCCGCACCCGCACGACCCCCUGAGGAUCGAGGAGCCGGAGAGGGCGCAGUCCCAGCAGAAUGACCCCUCCAGCGUGUGGAGGCCGUACUGAUAUCGGUUUUAGGUGUAUUUAUUUUGUAGAUAACACUCCAGAUGAUGAGAUUUUGUGAAAUCCGGGCUUUGCCUCGUUGAGCUGGGCUUAAAGAAACGGGAAUUCUUGGAACGUUGACGGUGGUUUACCCUUAAGGACAGGUUUGUUUGAUAAAAACUUUUGCAAAGGUCAAAAGGACUCCAAAAAGUUAGAUUCAACCGUAAUUUCCUUGUUUUUUUUUUUAAGAACCUAGGGAAGUACAAAUAUCAUUUAUUCAUUAAUAUUUCACGCUAAUAAAUUUUUCUAUAUGAAAGAAAAAGACGUUCCGACCAACCCUGUUUUUAUUUUUACGAAACACACUGUAUACUAACAUUGUUUCUAAAAUGCAUCAUUCAACUAAAGGAGCGAUUUUAACUAAUUCAUUUAAUUUAAUUGCUAUCAGCUUCAUAUUUGGCACAUGCACUACAGUCCCCACAAUAUUUGUUGAGAUAAGCCAACAAAGUUCUGUUAUUGGAACUACUGUAACAAUUUACAGCAGCAGGGGCGUGCCUUGAAAUUUUCCGCCAAUGUCUUUCUUUCUUGGGUGUCGAACGAUGUUAGUUCCAAGAGGAUCAUCUCAACAAAUAUCGUACGGACUGUACUUAGAUUAAGAUCGGUUGUGCUAAUUAGAGGAAAAUUUCAUUGAACGCCGUUCGAUUGUAGUUUACCUACAAUGGAACAAUAAAUUUUACCAUAACUUUUAUGUCUUAGCGAUUAUUGCUGACGUUGAUAAGUCAUUUGAAAGAAAGAAUACUUUAAAAAGGUGCAUGCAUUUUAGAAACACCUGUAUUUUCGGUGAUCUAUGGUUAUCUACCUGGAUAUUAUGAUAAACAUGGCUAAUAGUACAUAUAUUGAUGAACAGAGCAUGCCAUAAGUGUACCAUAGUAGACAAAGAUUGAAUUAAUUAUUAGUUAGCAACUAAGCAAUAAUUGUUAUUAAAGAUAACAAAAUGAAUGCAAUUACAGUAGAAUCUAACAUUUUUGGGAUAUUGAUCUUGUACCUCUGAAAAAAUUAUCUGAAAAAAAUGCAAUGCAGGUUGUAUCAAAUUGUAAACGUCAUAUUUACUUGUGAUAGAACAUCUCAAAAUAAGAAAAGAAUAAAAGGGUAGUAAAACUCUUACAGAAUGUUGAAAUUACAGAAAAAGUUAAAUGUUUGAUACAAAUUGAUAAAACUUAGGAUAAUGGACAAAAGUUGUUGCUAGAAAUUUUACAUUUUCUGAGAGAUAAUUAAACUUGCUAAGCUAAUGAUUUUUCUACCUUCUAAUAGUUAUAUUGUAUUAAAAACUAUGUUUCUAACAUUUUUUAUUUUGUGUAAAGUUAUUUUUGAUUUAUUUGAUUAUAAUAAAGGCUUAGGUAUCUAAAUUAAAAAAAUUAAUUAAUCAAAAAUUGAUCGUUAUCCAAAUAAAAUCAAAGACAUAAAUUUUCUUAGAAACAGCAACCUGAAUUAAAUGCUUCUCUUCAAUUUCCAAUACAUUGAGUGGCUUUGAGAUUCUAUACGUUUGAAUUAAAUUGGCCCUAACUUUUUUCCUACCCUGUACAUUCGCAUUAGUGCGUUUAUUCUCCUAUUAAUUUCAAGCAAUAAAGGUAGGUAUACUUGGUCGCAAUCUCUCUCGAGUUAAAUGCACAUCAUAUUUUCAAAUAUUAUUAACUAUUUAUGGUGAAAAAUUUUAAAUUUUCACCAACAAGCAAUGAUCUUGAAAUUUAACUCUUUACAUUUUUUUUGAUACAACUAACCGUUUUCGAGAAAAACAGUGCUGACUAAAUGGUAGUAUUGUCAUUAUCAAAAUACAUACAGAAAAAACAUAGUAGGCUACGACUAGUUUGACAACUAUUCUUAGAGGUUUUCUAUCAACUUGGUGAAAUCUAAGACUCUUAGGAACGACACAGGAAGAAUGAACAAAAUAUAAAAAUACCCAAAUUUAUUGAACCUUGUGGAUUUUUAUAGAAAAAAAAGUCUUAUUUUGAUCUUAAAAAUACGCCCCUAAAUUCUUUGUACUGAAAUUUGAAUCAGCCUGUAUAUCAACUCGGCACAAUUUUGCGAAUGAUAGAUUAUUACCCCAAGUUUCAUCAAUCUACGUCAAACAUUGUAAGAAACAGUUGUAUCACCAAGUAAAGAUUGGCGCAUGCAAUUCCGAAUACCUUCAGUAUAACUCACAUAAUAAAAGUGUAGAUCCCUAGAUCUGGGCGAGGUCCGUAACAUUUGCAAAAUUGCAAAAAUUUAAAAAAAUACCUAUUUUAUCUGAGUUUUUUACUUAUAUCUUGGAACCUAUGCAUUUUAGAAGAAUAUUGUAGAGGAAAAUAAGUUUUAGAAUUGAAUUUUGCACAACAUACUGUCAGCUAAAAAUGUUUAAAUUUAUUACCGAUGUUGCAAAA